CCCAAGUUGCCUAUAUUUUCCUAUACCUACUCACAUGGGCCGACUUUGAUUUUUGCCUUUGUUCCUCUUUUAACUCAACAGAAGCUACUAUUCCAUUUUAUUUCCUUGCUUUUCCCAUUUUUCUCUUAACUCAAAGAAGGAAAGCAUCUCUGUUGUUCAACUCCAAAAAAAAAAAAAUUGUUCUCUUAAAUUACUCUUGUUUGAUCCCUGCUAGCUCCUUUUCCUUUCCUUAAUAUUGGUUUCCCGACCUUUGGAGUUGAUGAGGUAAAUCCGUGCAGCUUUAGAAUAAAGAUCCAUCUGAAUUGAGAUCAUCAAAGAAUGGCUGCUGAAUUUGUUGCUGCUGCUACUGCCGGUACCAUUGGGAACCUGGCAACUGAAUACGCAUCACCUUAUCUCAGUUACUUUUUCCAUUUUGGCAAAAUUGUUGAAGAUUUCAAGAAUCGUCGAAACGAACUUGAAUUGAAAAGGCAUAGGGUGAAAAAUGAUGUCGAUGAGGCUAUAAGGCAAACUGAGGUAAUUGAGAAAGACGUUGAGGACUGGCUAACAAGAACAGAGAAAGCAUUGGGAGAAGCUCAGAAUUUGGAAGCUGAACUAGAACGUAAUAAGUGUUUUAGUUGGUGUCCUAGUUGGGGUUGGCGAUACCGCUUAAGUAAAAGAGUAGCGAAGAAGACACUUUGUAUCUCUCAACUCUCAAAGACUUGUAAUUUUCAACGAGUAGGUCACCGAGCUAUUCUUCCAGGUUUAGAGUUCAUUCCAUCUAAGGAUUUCAUGUCUUCUGAAUCUUCUAAUUCUGCUUUAAAAGAGAUCAUGGAUGCUUUGAAAAAGGGUGAUGUGAACAUGAUUGGACUAUAUGGGAUGGGAGGAGUGGGUAAAACCACUUUGGCAAAAGAAGUGGGAAAGCAAGCCAAACAACUUUUUGAUAAAGUUGUGAUUGUUACCGUGUCCCAAGCUCCAAAUGUCCACAAUAUUCAAGACAAAAUUGCAGACUUCCUAGAUUUAGUUUUUGAAAAGAAGACUAUAGAAGGAAAAGCAGAACAAUUGUGGUUGAGAAUAAAAGACGUGAAGAAAAUCCUUAUAAUCCUUGAUGAUGUUUGGGAAGAACUUGACUUGAAGGCUAUAGGAAUUCCAUUCGGUGAUGAUCACAACGGUUGUAAAAUUUUUCUAACCACGCGUCUUCAACAAGUUUGCACUCGAAUGAACUGUCAAAAGGACGUUCAGCUCAACGUCUUAUUUGAACAUGAAGCAUGGGCUUUAUUCAAAGAUAAUGCUGGGCUAAAAGAUGUCUCUUCCCCCUUGAAUGAUGUAGCCAAGAAGGUUGCCGAAGAAUGUAAGGGUUUGCCUCUUGCAAUUGUUACUGUGGGAAGAGCUUUGAAAGAUGAAACUCUAGAGGGGUGGAAAGUAGUAUAUCAGCGAUUGAAAGACUCUAGGCAUAUAGAGAAUCAAGAUGUUUGCGGAGGUAUUUAUAGUAGUCUUAAGAUUAGUUAUGAUUAUUUAAAAACAGAUAGCAGUCGUUCAUGUUUGCUAUUGUGUUCGCUUUUUCCAGAAGAUCAUGAGAUUAGAAUCGAGGAAUUAAUUGUUUAUGGAAUUGGACAAGGAAUUUUCGAUGGUGUUAACUUAAUUGAAGAUGCAAGGAGGGAAAUGCAUGUAACAAUAACAAACCUCCAAAAGUCAGGUUUGUUGUUGAAAGCUAAUGAUGAAAGGCUUGUGAAAAUGCAUGAUGUGGUUCGUGAUUUUGUUCAUUGGAUGACGUCAGAAGGGGAAAACGCAUUCAUGGUGACAAGUGGGUUAAAGGAAUGGCCUAAGAGUAGAUGCUACACAGCAAUCUCAUUGAGUAAAAUAAAUAUUUUUCCUGACAAAUUGGAGUUUCCAAAUCUCAAAACUCUCUUGUUAGAUUGUGAUUAUGACAACGAUAACGAGGGUUUAACAAGAGUUCCCAGUAUGUUUUUCAAAGAAUUGAAAGUCCUCAACGUUUUAGUUCUUAGAAGGGUCUUCUUAUCAUUAGAAGAACUUCAAUUCUUAACAAACCUUCGAACUCUACACUUGGAAGGUUGUCAUUUGGAGAAUGCUUCUGCAUUGGGAAAUUUGAAAGAACUUGAAAUUCUUGUUAUUCGUUAUUCUGAUAUCAAUAAGCUACCCGAAUUAUGGGAAUUGACUACUCUAAGAUUGCUAGUUAUAUGGAACUAUUCACCAGUUUUGAUUCCCCGAAAUUUGCAACCAAGGUUGGAGCGACUAGAAGAGCUACACCUUUAUCCGUAUAUACAAAGGCGAGUCAUUAGCUUAUUAAAGCUGUGUUCAUCACCCCACUUGACCUCGCUAACACUGACGGUUUCUUCUAGACGUAUUCCAAAGAGUUUUGCUUUCCCUAGAUUACAAAGCUUCAUUAUAAUUGUAAACUUGGUAGCAGAAGAUGUUUAUAAUGUGUAUGAAACUAAUUCUGUUGGGUAUUUGACCUCAAGAAGAAUCUUGGCAAUCAGUGGAUUCUCAUUGAAUGCAUUCAAGAAGUUGUUUUGGAAUGUGGAAGAGCUUACUCUUGAUAACGUCAUGGAUUACAAAAAUAUUGUCCCAAGUGCAGAUCAAGGGGGACUGAAUGAAUUAACUUCUUUCAAUAUUAGAGAUUGCAAGGAUUUGGAAUACUUGAUUGAUACAACACAAGAGCAAGGGCCACACUCUGCUGCUGCAUUCUGCAAUUUGGUGAUAUUAACUUUGACCAACAUGAUUUGCUUGAAAGAGUUGUGCCAUGGUCGGUUUCCGAAUGGGUUCUUGCAGAAGUUAGAAAUAUUGACUAUAUUGGAAUGCAAUAAUCUCAUCGUUGCAAUUCCGGACCUGCCAAAUAUAAAAGAAGUGAGUGUUGAAGAUUGUGCAGGGUUGGAAGUGGUAUUCCAAAUAAAUGGGCUUCUUCAUGCCAAUGAAGAAAAUCAGACGUCAAUGCUAUCAAGUUUAACUAAUUUGGAGUUAGAUUCAUUACCAGAAUUGAAGCACAUAUGGAAAGGACCUCCUCAUCUUGUUAAACUCCAAAGUCUGGAGGUUAUCAGAAUAGCGUCUUGCGAUAAACUGGCAUCUCUCUUUCCUGCUACCAUUGCUCAAAGUUUGGUGCAUCUAGAAGAACUCCAUAUACACGAUUGCAGUGAGCUGGAGCAUAUCAUCACAGAAGCAGAAACUGAUAACAAUGAAAUAGUAUCAAACACGCACCUCCAUCCUCUGUGUUGGCCAAAAUUGAGAACUCUUGACAUAUCUAAUUGUCCAAGAUUAAGAUAUGUGUUUCCGACCUUCGUGUCUGAAUGUCUUCCACGACUAGAAGUGCUUUGCUUAAAAGAUUUGGCACAAUUAAAACAAGUGUUCAGCCCCGCAAAAGAAAGGGAUGGAAAUAACAUUCUACUCAAGUUGCUGGCAUUGCAGGAGUUAUCCGUGGAAAAUUGUCCCCAGUUGACAUGCUUCAUUGUCCAGGAUCAGAUCAAGGAAUUAUCUCUUUCUAAGUUAGGAAAUAGUAGUCAAUUGUGUAUCUCAACCAAUUGCAGUCAAGACUAUCUAGCAGUUGGGAAUCAUGAAGAGGUAUUUCAGGUUCAAGGUGAGUAUUCAUUCUCAAGUUUAAAUGUAUUGCACCUGGAGGAUUUAUGUGAAGUGCGGCUUAUAUGGAAGGAUGUCCCUCAAGUUGUAACCCUCGAAAACCUUACAACUCUGAAUGUGAUUGAUUGCAAAAGGCUAAGUUAUAUAUUUUCACCUACGACUGCUCGAGGUUUAUCACAGUUGGUCUGUUUAAAUAUACAACAAUGUGAUAAAUUGGACCGAAUCAUUGCUGAGGAUCAAGUUUGUUCAUCAUCAAAUGCUGAUCUCCAACCUAUGAGCUUUCCUAAUUUGACCACAAUUUCUGUUGGAUUUUGCAAAAAAUUGAAAAGUCUAUUUCCUCUUGGAUCUGUUCGUUGUCUUCCAAAACUUGAAAAGUUAAUAGUUGAAAGGAACUAUGAAUUGGAGCAAGUAUUUGAAUUAGAAGAUGAAGCAGAAGUGAUAAUUAAAAAGGAGAUAAAGUUUGACCAGUUAGAAGAAUUAUCACUUCAAGAACAGCCAAGCCUCUUUGACUUUUGUCCAAGUGGAUAUCAUUUCGUAUUACCGGAUUUGAAAUGUUUGAUGGUAACAAAAUGUCCCAAGAUGACUACAUGUUUCUUCAUUGAUUCAGAGUAUUCUGUGCACGCCAAAGCAGAGGGUCCUCUCUGUCAUCUCCAUCAACAUUUCUAAGAGCUAAGGCUACUGCAGAGGAAGCUAUUUUAAAAGAACUUCCAAAGGGUACCAAGUAAUGCCUCUUCUACAAUAUAUUCUUAUCCACAUGGCAACAAACUAUUUUGUGAUUCUAGCUGGUGAUAUUUGUUCGAUCCCCUCUCUUGCUUCCCUUGGAUUUCUUGCUUUGUUUUUAUUUUGAAUUUGAUUUGUGCUUCCUUUUUAUGGUUGUUCUGUUAUGUUCCUCAUUUUUUUUUGGCUUUUUGGUACCUUGUUCAUAUCUCUUGGGGUUGAGCUUUGUGCUCUAGAUGUUGUCUUUAUUUCUAGGUUUUGCUGUCUUUGUUUCUUUGUCAGUUACUUUGGCUCUGUUUUUUAUUCAAUAAUAGA